UUGUUUAUAUGGAAUGAUUAUUUCUGUAGGUGAUAAUGUCGAUAAUGUUUUUACAUAAUCUAUGAGGUUUGAUUAUGUAAUCUUAACUUAUCAAUCAGAAUGUUUUCUUAGACAGCUUAGGUAAGAUCUUUUGUGUGCUCAUAACGAAAAAUAAUUCGCUCUUACUUCCCCUAUUCUGAUCAAGGACUAGGAUAAAUGAAGCUAAGAUCUUUUCAAAGCAUAUGCUCUAUUGCUAAAGAAAUUCUCCACAAUAGAGUGGGCUUGGACUUGGGAGUAAAAGUUGAUCGCAUUGAUAUUAGUGGAUGGUAGCAAAAAAUAAACUAGAUAUGCAUAUAUCAUUGGGACUACACACAGAUCAGACUACCGGGAUGGAUAGUACCAUGGCCUUUUUAAUAUUAGCAUUGCUGCAUUUUGAGCUGAAAUCAGACAAGAAUCUGAAGAUAUGUGGAGUUAAACUUUGUUUUAAAUAAUAACAGUAAUAAAGAGGUACUCAUGGAGUUCAAACUGGUUCUUAGUUUUACUCUCUGAUGGUGAAGAUGCUAUUUUUAACUGGGGUUUAGUGUGUCCUAUGUCAGUACAUUGAGCAGCAGACGAAAUUGCCGGGUUCCAGAAUUAACAGAUAAGGGAGGAAAAGAACAAAGAAGAAGAUAGAUAUGGAACCAAAAUCAGUGAUGGAUAUGGCGCUUAUUCCAUGCAUUGAUCCAGUAGAUAUUGGACUUGGUUCUUCAGAUAAGGGAAAUGUCAUUCCUCCUCCAAAAAGGAAAAAGACCAUGACAUCAGUUUAUCUGAAAUAUUUUGAAACAGCUCCUGAUGGGAAAAGUCGGAGGUGCAAGUUUUGUGGACAAAGCUAUUCUAUAGCAACUGCCACAGGCAAUUUGGGAAGGCACCUUAGUAAUCGACACCCAGGAUAUGAAAAGGCUGGGGAGGCUAUCACAAGCUCAGCACCACAGGCAACAGUGGCAGUGAAGAAACCACAACCUCAAGGAAAAAACCAGCAGUUGGAUUAUGAUCACCUGAACUGGUUACUUAUAAAAUGGCUGAUUUUAGCGUCUCUCCCUCCUUCCACCUUAGAAGAAAAAUGGUUAGCAAACUCCUUCAAAUUUCUGAAUCCAUCAAUACAACUCUGGCCCGGCGAGAAGUACAAAGCAGUAUUUCGUGAAGUUUUCAGGAGCAUGCAGGAAGAUGUAAAAGCAUCUUUGGAACAGGUCUCUUCUAAGGUCUCAAUCACCCUCAAUUUUUGGACUUCUUAUGACAAUAUUUUCUAUAUGAGUGUAACAAGUCAAUGGAUUGAUGAGAACUGGUCCUUCCAAAGAAUGCUUCUGGAUAUAUGCCGCGUCCCAUACCCUUGUGGAGGUUCAGAGAUCUAUAAUUCUCUGGUGAGGGUUCUUAAAAUGUACAAUAUUGAAAAUAAGAUUCUAUCCUGCACCCAUGAUAACAGCCAGGGUGCCAUCCAUGCGUGUCAUACUCUAAAAGAGGAAUUGGAUGCUCAGAAAGUGGGGCCUUUCUGUUAUAUUCCUUGUGCUGCUCGGACUUUGAACUUAAUUAUCGAUGAUGGACUAAGAACCAUAAAACCUAUAAUUUCUAAGACAAGAGAGUUUGUACAGGAGUUAAACACAUCCUCAGAAAUGUCAGAGGACUUUGUUAAUCUAACAACAACGUUCCAAGAAGGCAGUUGGAAAAUUCCACUUGAUGGUUCAACUCGGUGGAGUGGCAACUACCAGAUGCUUGAUAUUAUAUGCAAGGCUGGUAAAUCUGUAGAUGCUGUUAUCAGAAAGUACGAGGACACACUGGGCAGUAGGCUGCUGCUGAGUCCUGCAGAAAAGAACGCAGUGAGUAUCACGCAUGCGUACUUAGAACCUUUCUACAAAACCACGAAUGACAUAUGUACAAACAAAGUUCCUACUGUUGGAUUGGUUCUCUUCUUCAUGGAACAUGUAUCGGAUAUGAUUUGCUCUUGCAGAGAAUCCCGUGUCAACCCAGAUUGGCUCAAGAGUGCUGCUGAAGACAUGGCCAAAAAGGCUAGAAAUUACAACAGCCAGGUCUGCAACAUAUUCACCUACAUGAUGGCCAUUCUCGAUCCCCGAAUCAAAAGUGAGCUUAUACCUGAGAGUCUCAAUUUAGAAAACUAUUUGGAAGAAGCAAGGAGCCAUUUCAUGAGAAACUAUUCCUCUGGCCAUUUUCCAUCCAUGACAAGCGGAUAUGGUGCUCAAGAGAUUGAAGAUGGAGGGGGUGUCUCUUUUGCAGAAGAAAUUGCACGAAAGAAACGAAGAGCAAGUAUGAACAAUGCCACUGACGAGCUUACUCAAUAUCUAUCCGAGCCUUCUCCUCCAAUACCAACAGACGUUUUGGAGUGGUGGAAACUCAACAGCACUCGCUACCCUCGGCUCUCUGCGAUGGCUCGGGACUUCCUGGCUGUGCAGGCAACUUGCAUGGCACCCCAAGAAUUGUUUUGUAUUAUAGGCGAUGAGAUAGACAAGCAACGGGUCUGCAUGCCACAGGACAGUACACAGGCUAUCCUUUGCAUCAGAUCAUGGACACAGGGUGGAAUCAAGUUAAAAUACAAGUCAACUGAGAUAGACUAUGACAGGUUGAUGGAAUUAGCAGCAGCUGCUGCAGCAGACAAUAGUACUACCAGUGUCGAUAAGAAACAGAAUGAUUUGCCAAGAGACGUGAAAAAAUAGAUCAAAGAAAUGGUGCCUUGGCUGCGAUAAAUGAUUUUAACAGAUAACUUAUCCCAACCAGUCCCCGGCGAGGGAAUCCAUUGUUCGGUAGUCCUUGUAUGUAGGAAAUGAAACUUAUUCGUCGAUAUAUAGCAACAAAUUUGUAGGAUGCUAACCAUAAAACAGGACAAAUGUGGUUAGUUUAUAUAGUAAUUUAAGAACAUUUUUCGUGUUACAAAGUUUUUUUCAAGUCAAUUUGAUGUUUCAUUUCUCAAAA